AUGUCUCAUUACGGUGGUGGUUAUCCCCCUCCCGAAGGUGGUUACCCUCCUGCCGAAGGUGGUUAUCCUCCUCCCGAAGGUGGUUAUCCUCCUCCCGAAGGUGUUUACCCUCCCUCUGGUUAUCCUCCCCAAAACCCAACUUAUCCUACUCAAACCACACCUUAUCCUAAUGUUCAACCUCCCUAUUCUUCACCCGACCCCGCUUCUCAACCUUUAAUGUCACAAGAAUAUUCCGCGACUUUAAAUAUGGAAGAACCAGGAUCCGAAAUAACUCAAGAAACCUAUCAUUAUGGUUCAGCUCCUCUUCGUCAACCUCGACGUUUUAAAACUACUAGACGGGUAGAAUUAUCGGAUGGAAAUUUAGUAUUGGAUUGUCCUGUACCUUCUAAGUUAUUACAACAAGUUCAAUUGAAAACUGAUAGAGAAUUUACACAUAUGAGAUAUACGGCCUGCACAGCUGAACCGGACCAUUUCAAGGAUGAGAAAUAUCAACUUCGUCAAAGAAUAUACGAUCCUCCAAGACAAACUGAAUUAUUUAUCGUAUUGACUAUGUAUAAUGAAGAUGAAGUACUUUUUGCUCGUACUUUUCAUAGUGUCGUGAAAAAUGUUUCUCAUCUUUGCAGUCGUGAUCGUUCUCGAGUUUGGGGUAAAGAUGGAUGGAAAAAAGUGGUAGUGUGUGUUGUAUCAGAUGGUCGUCAAAAGAUCAAUAGACGUACUUUAGCUUAUUUGGCAGCUAUUGGGGUUUAUCAGGAUGGUGUAGCAAAAACUAAGGUUAGAGGUAAAGAUGUAACAGCUCACAUAUACGAAUAUACCACUCAAUUUUCAUAUGAUGCUGAUAUGAAAAUUAGGGAUUCUGACCGUGGUAUUGUUCCUGUCCAAGUACUCUUUUGUCUUAAAGAAAAGAACGCAAAAAAGAUUAACUCACAUCGUUGGUUCUUUAAUGCAUUUGGAUCAGUUCUUAAUCCUAAUGUAUGUGUUCUUCUCGAUGUUGGUACUAAACCUGGUGGAUCAUCAAUAUAUCAUUUAUGGAAAGCUUUUGAUAUUAAUUCUAAUGUUGCAGGUGCUUGUGGUGAAAUUGUUGCAAUGAAAGGACCAGGUGGUAAAAAUCUUCUUAAUCCAAUAGUUGCAGCACAAAAUUUUGAAUAUAAAAUGUCAAAUAUUUUGGAUAAACCACUUGAAUCAGUUUUUGGAUAUAUUACUGUAUUACCUGGUGCAUUUUCCGCUUAUCGAUACAUUGCUUUACAAAAUGAUGAAAAUGGUCGUGGACCUUUGCAUGAAUAUUUUUUGGGAGAAGCAGCUCACGGAGGAGGUGCUGGAGAAGAAGCUGGUAUAUUCACUAAGAAUAUGUAUCUAGCAGAGGAUCGUAUUUUAUGUUUUGAAUUAGUAGCAAAACGGGGUAAUUCUUGGGUAUUACAUUAUGUUAAAACUGCAUAUGCCGAAACUGAUGUACCAGAUCAAGUACCAGAAUUAAUUUCUCAAAGACGACGUUGGUUAAACGGUUCAGCUUUUGCAAGUGUAUAUGCAGUUUGGAAUACUCCUAGAAUUUGGGGAAGUGCUCACACUCAAAUUCGAAAAAUUCUUUUAGCUAUUGAAAUGGUUUAUCAGGGAUAUAAUCUUUUCUUCUCGUGGAUUGCUUUGGGUAACUUUUAUUUGACCUUUCAUAUUUUGGGCAAAUCUCUCUCCGAACCUCUUAUCGUCGAAGGACUUUGGAGUGAGACAGCAGGCAGCAUAAUAUUCCUAAUUUUGCGUUAUAUUUACAUAUUAUUACUUAUUGCUGUAUUUGUUUUGUCUUUGGGAAAUAGACCUCAAGGAUACAAAUGGGCUUUCAUGUUUGCAAUAGUGUUCUUUUCUUUUCUUAUGGCUUAUAUGUUAUUCGCGGCAGGAUGGCUCACUUAUAAAGGUGUUCAAAUCCAAUUGGAAGCAAAUAAAGGAAAUAUUACCGGUGCUAAUUUGGGUACAGCAUCGGCUAUUCUUAAUGAUUCUACAUUUAGAAACAUCAUCUUAUCCUCGGUUUCAACAUUAGGAUUAUAUUUUAUAGCUAGUUUCUUAUUCUUUGAACCAUGGCAUAUGUUCACUAGUUUCUUUCAAUAUUUAUUAUUGGUACCAUUCUAUAUCAAUAUUAUGAAUGUUUAUGCCUUUUGUAACGUUCAUGAUGUCAGUUGGGGUACCAAAGGAGAUACUUCAACUGCACCAUCUUUAGGUGAGGCAAAAGUAACCAAAGAUAAAAAAGGAAAUGAAGAAACGGAAAUAGAAAUGCCCGUUGAACAGAUGGAUAUGAACGAUGCAUAUACUGAAGCAGUUGAUGAAUUGAAACGUGGGCAUGAAGAAGAAGUUAAACAUCGUUCGCCAUCGGAAAAACAAGAAGAUUAUUAUAAAUCAUUUCGUUUCAAUGUGGUAAUUUGUUGGAUUUUAACUAAUUUAUUAUUAGUUGCUGUUAUUACUAGUACUAGUGACGUUAUAACUAAAGUCUCAAGUGAAGACAAUAGAGCUAAUACUUACAUGGCAUUUGUUUUAUGGUCUGUGGCUGGAUUGGCUGCAAUUAGAUUCUUUGGUAGCUGUACAUAUUUAUUAUUUAGAUUAUUUACUGGUAAUUAA